CUUCCCAGGGGGCCCGGCUGGGGCAGACGCGAGGGACCUGGGGGGGCGCUGGCUUUGGCCCCGCCUGGGGCAGGAUGGUGAAUCUGGAACCUAUGCACACAGACCUCAAGAUGAGUGGGGAUGUGGCAGACUCCACGGACACGCGUGGCUCGCUCAGCCAGGUGGAGCCAGGAAAUGAUCGAAAUGGGCUAGAUUUCAACAGACAGAUUAAGACGGAAGACCUCAGUGACUCUCUACAGCAGACCCUCCCCCAUCGGCCAUGUCACCUGAGUCAGGCACCUGCCAUGAUGUCUGGAAACCAAAUGUCUGGGGACAUGGCUUCCCUCCACCCACUCCAGCAGCUCGUGCUGGUGCCUGGCCACUUGCAGUCUGUGUCCCAGUUCCUACUCUCUCAGACCCAGCCUGGGCAGCAAGGUCUGCAGCCAAAUCUUCUCCCCUUUCCGCAGCAGCAAAGCAGUCUCCUCCUCCCACAGACGGGGCCUGGCCUCGCAUCCCAGGCAGUCGGCCGUCCCGGGCUGCCAGGAUCCACCUUAGAACCACACCUGGAAGCAUCCCAGCACCUGCCAGGGCCCAAGCACUUGACCAGCUCUGCAGGGCCCGAUGAGCCCAGUGACCUUGAGGAACUGGAGAGGUUUGCCAAGACCUUCAAGCAAAGGCGCAUUAAACUGGGCUUCACACAGGGAGAUGUGGGCCUGGCCAUGGGAAAGCUGUAUGGCAAUGACUUCAGCCAGACGACCAUCUCGCGCUUUGAAGCCCUCAACUUGAGCUUCAAGAACAUGUGCAAGCUCAAGCCGCUGCUGGAGAAGUGGCUGAAUGACGCAGAGUCUUCUCCAUCAGACCCCUCAGUGAGCACGCCCAGUUCUUACCCCAGUCUCAGCGAAGUGUUUGGGAGGAAGAGGAAGAAGCGGACCAGCAUCGAGACCAACAUCCGCCUGACUCUGGAGAAGAGAUUUCAAGAUAACCCCAAGCCCAGCUCAGAAGAGAUCUCCAUGAUCGCUGAGCAGCUAUCCAUGGAGAAGGAGGUGGUGAGGGUCUGGUUCUGCAACCGACGCCAAAAGGAGAAGCGAAUCAACUGCCCCGUGGCCACACCCAUCAAACCACCCAUCUACAAUUCCCGGCUGGUCUCUCCCUCAGGGUCUUUGGGUCCCCUCUCUGUCCCUCCCGUGCAUAGCACCAUGCCUGGAACAGUAACGUCAUCCUGUUCCCCUGGGAACAACAGCAGGCCUUCGUCUCCCGGUGUAGGACUCCACGCCAACAGCCCCACUGCGUCUCAAAAUAACUCCAAAGCUGCAGUGAACUCCUCCUCCAACUUUAACUCUUCAGGAUCUUGGUACCGAUGGAAUCACCCCACCUACCUCCACUGA